CGACGAUUCGCCCUGAUUCAUACGUAUACCCCAACUGCGCGACUCGUAAACAAACAGUCCGUCCUCCACCACGGUGGACGUGUAAAGCACAACACUAGAGGGUCAUCUGCGGCACCAAGGCAUUAUACGUGCAGUAGUUGUUUGCGUACGAGCUUGAUUUGUACACGUAUCGGAGAUCUCGGUCCUGGACAUAUAUCCCCCGUCUGCAAACCUGUGGCAACAUGGCGUCUCCUGUAGCGGACCUUGAAGCUGGCCUCCAGGCCAUGCUUAGCCUGAAGCCUCCCGGUGUCUCGGGCUCGCGCAUCACCAGCCUGACUUCGUUAUGCGUCGCCAAUAUUGAGUCCGAAUCAGUGCUCAUUCAGAAAAUCUACACCCAUUUCAAAAAGGCCCCCGGAACUCAUAAGCUCGGUGUCCUCUAUGUUGUAGACUCGGUGACGCGCAAAUGGCUUGAGCAGGCAAAGUCGCAGGGGCAAGCAAUAAACAGCUCUGCCUCGGACGGGACCUACGCUGCUGGCGUGAACAGAGUGACAGAAUUGAUGCCCGCGCUCAUGAACGAUAUCCUUCAGUCGUGCCCCGAGCCCCAAAAGGAAAAAAUCAAGAAACUGCUUGAUAUCUGGGAAAAGGGGCAGACUUUUCCACCCUCCAUGGUAGCAUCUUUCAGAGAGCAGAUUGCCGCCCCGGCACCUGCGUCGACAACGCCUCCAGGUAGCCCUCCAGCUGGCUUGAUCGCGUCUCUACAGGGCCGUGCACCAUCGUCGGCCCCGGCCCCAGCAAGUCCGGCUGCCAGUGCUGCCCCAGCAGUUGGCGAUGCACAGUCUAUCCUGGCCGCUCUCAGCAGACUGAAGGCUGGGCAAGAAAACUCUUCCUCGCAAAGUGCUCCCAAUGUCCCGGCUCCUGCGCCGACCUAUUCUAUUCCUCAGCCUGGUGUGUCGCAAGCAACGCCUCCCGUAGCUCAGUCGCCAUGGUCACAACCACCUCCGCAACAACGACCAACGCACCAAGGUGCUCCAUCGUAUCCCCCAAGCACCCUUCCCGGGGCGCUGCCAUUCAACAUGCCCCAGAUCCCGGGGCAGCAGGGUCUCCCCGCUGGCAUGCCUACUUUCCCAGGAAACCAAGCAAUGCCGCCCUUCCCUGGAGCAGCAGCACCCGCUAUGCCUCCACUACCAGCAGCCGCCACGGCUGGAAUCGACCCCAGUAUCAUCGCUGUGAUCAAGACUCUGUCGGAGCGUGGUGUUCCCGCUGACCAGAUUGCGACCAUUGUGCAGAGCAUGAGUGGCGCACAGGGCCAGCAACAGCCUCCCGCGCAGCAGGCCCCCGCUGCGAACCCAUAUGCAAGCUGGCAAGCGCCAGCAGCGAAACCGGAUGGCUGGCGAGGGCAGAGCAACGGAGCGAGGUCCCCUGGGUACGGACAACGUUCUCGAUCACGAUCACCUGAUCGUGGCUGGGGCAACAGAGGGUCCCCACGCAACGGGCAUGGCGGACGUGAUAGCUAUGGCCGUGAGGAUGGCAAGCGAGACUCUCCUCGAGGGGGCCGACGAGGCAACGACUAUCGCGAUCGCAGCCCUCCCAGGAGACGAGGAGACAACGAUCUCCCACCUCCCAACAACCAAUGGGUCGACUUUGACCCGGAGCUGCCUAAGGAUCACAUCAAGGUCUUUAGCAGGACACUUUUUGUCGGAGGUGUUACUUGCCCAGAGCACGAGCUGCGCUCCAUGUUUAGCAAGUACGGUACGGUGCAAACGUGCAUCGUCAACAAGGACAAGCGCCACGCCUUUGUCAAGAUGAUCUCGCGCAAGGAUGCCGUCGCUGCGAAGAAUGCGACGCAGGACUCCCGCGAUACCGACAUGCCCCUCCGGACGAGGUGGGGUGUCGGCUUCGGUCCCCGCGACUGCAGUGACUACUCCAGCGGCGUCUCGAUCAUUCCUGUCCACCGCCUGACGGAGGCCGAUGUUAAGUGGAUGCUCACGGCUCCCUACGGUGGCAGCGGCGGUCGCGAGAUCAAGACCGGUCUCGUGGUUGAGGAGCCUGAUAUUGAGAUUGGCGCGGGUGUAUCUUCCAAGGCCAUCAGCCGGCGCAUGCAGACGGACAAGGGCGGCGCCACCGGGCCCAAGUCCACGCGCCAUCGCGAGUCGGAUAGUGGCUGGCCUCGUAGGGACAACAACAACAACAAUAACAACAACAACCGACGAGACGAUGAUAGGGGCCAGCAGCAACAGCAGCAGCAGCCACAACAACAGCAGCAAGGCGGCAACAUGCCUUUUCCCUUUGGCAUGGGCAGCCUGCCCAGUGGCAUGCCCAACUUCCCAAGUGGCUUCUUCCCCGAUAUGAACGCUGGUGGACAGCAAGGAGGUUGGCAGAGGUGAAGAGAGGUG